AUGACAAUAACGGCAGUAACGGACGAUAAAGAUACUUACAAUGAUGAAAGAAAACAAGAGCAUGGUAUUUGUACAAAGUGUGCCAGAUAUAAUACAUCAAAGGCACGAUGCAAAUCGUGCGAUCCAAAUCCUGAGGAUGUUAAUGAAGAACCACUAGAGGAUCCUGAUAAUCAAUUUGAAAUUGAAUUACCUCAUGAAAGAGAAGAGGAUGAGGAGCCACCAGAUGCUGAUAAACCUAAUGGAGAAGAAGAAGAAGAACCACCAGAGGAUAUUGACGGUCAAUUUGGAAUGGAAUUACCUGAUAAGAUCGAUGAAGAACCACCAGAGGAUGUUGAUGGUCAAUUUGGAAUGGAAUUACCUGAUAAUAUCAAUGAAGAACCACCAGAGGAUAUUGAUGGUCAAUUUGGAAUGGAAUUACCUGAUAACAUUAUUGAUGAACCACCAGAGGAUAUUGACGGUCAAUUUGAAAUGAAAUUACCUGAUGAUAUCAAUGAUGAACCACCAGAAGAUAUUGACGGUCAAUUUGAAAUGAAAUUACCUGACAAUAUCAAUGAUGAUAUUAGCAAUGAUGAGCCAGCAGAGGAUAUUGACAAUCAAUUUGAAAUGAAAUUACCUGAUAAUACUAAUGAUGAUAUUAAUGAUGAAGAACCACCAGAGGAUAUUGACAAUCAAUUUGUAAUGGAACUACCUGAUAUUAAUGAUGAUGAACCACCAGAGGAUAUUGAUAAUCAAUUUUCAAUAGAAUUACCAACUAAUCAUGAUAUUGAAGAACAAGUUGAUGAGGAUGAUAAACCUCCAGAGGAUAUUGAUAAUCAAUUUGAAAUUGAAUUACCAGACAAUGUUUAUUAUAAUAAUGAAGAGGAGGAGACAAUAACAAUAAACUCUGAUUAUAUUACAGAGGUUCAAAGUAAUCAAACAAAUUCAAGUAAUCAAGUUGAUAUUAGAGUCUCAGGUACAUUAUCUAAUACAAAUAAUAGUAGCAGUAAUGAUAACAGAAAUAAUAAUAUCAUUAAUUAUGAAGGCGAUGAACCACCAGCAGAUACAGUAGAUCACUUUCCUGAUUCACCUCAUUUACCAAACAUUGGCAUGGAUGAAAACGUUAUGCAACUGAACUCUAUUGUUACCUCAGAUAAGCAGACAAAAAAGACUAGCAGAAAAAAGAAGGACAAUUCUAGUGCGGAAUUAUCUAAAGGUGGAGAUCUAUCGGAAUCGAAAAUCGUACAUCAUUCUAUUUUAAAUAAUCAGUCUACCUCAUCAGUGCCAGAAAAUGAAGUGCAAUCCAGAAUGUCACAUUUGCGAAAAUAUGCUAAAGAGCUUCAAGCUGAAUCCUGA